AAAACUUAUUAUGGUGUUAUAAAAGACAUUCUUGAGCUGAACUACCAUCACCAGGGAAAAAUAGUAUUGUUCAAAUGUGAUUGGAUUGAUAACCGAGUACGAGACAAAUGGGUCAAAAUAGACAAGUUUGGGGUGACAAUGGUCAACUUCAAGCAUUUAUUCAAUACCGGUGACAAGGAAUUAGAUGAGCCAUUUAUUUUUGCAUCUCAGGCAACUCAAGUUUACUAUGUGCAAGAUCCUAUUGAUGCUGAUUGGUUUGCUGUUUUAAAGUCAAAACAACGUGACAUGUAUGAUAUGGAAGAAAGGCUAGACAACAGUACAGAAAUAGGUUCUUUCUUGCCAGAUUUGGAUGCACACACACAAGUUAAUGUAUCUAUUGGUGGUAGUUGUGUUAGGACUGAUAUAGAUGGAAUAAUGAUUGCCGAAAACCAACCUAGCAAGAGGAAAGUUUGUAAGAGGAAGAGGAAUGGGUAAAGAAACGGAGGUCAAUGAAUAUGAACUACAAAGGGCUGCCAACAUAAAAGAAAAUUUGA